AUGGACUCCCCUCUGAUCUCGAGGUUGUUUAAACAGCUAUUUACACAUCGCGCUUGUCAAGCUGGACGGCCAAAACUGCGCCCAACACCUCGGAUAUCUUGCGCUCGACGCACGCAGGUUAGAAGCUAUUCGAAUAGGAAUACACAAGAUGAUGAUGCCCCAAGGAAUGAGAGUCAUUGGCAGCAGAGGACAGAUGUCUUCCCUCAGGACAUGUCGAAGGAGUAUGAGAAAUACCCAAUGGUCACGGCGAACCAGUUACGGAACCGAAGGGAACGACCGAGGAGGGUGAAGAUGUUGACACGAGACUUCAUUGAAGACUCCUUAUACAAUCCCUCAUAUGGGUACUUUUCGAAACAAGUAGUAAUUUUCACACCCGGAGACCCAUUCAAUUUCAACGAGCUCCAAGACGAGCCCGAAUUCCACAGAUUGCUAGGGCAGAGAUACACAGAGUUCGAAGAUAAAUUAGACCUCAAAUCACCAAACGAGACGCGGCAACUCUGGCAUACGCCCACAGAAUUGUUUCGACCAUACUACGGCGAAUCAAUAGCAAGAUAUCUAGUCGCCAACUACAAAUUAUCACAAUACCCCUACCACGACCUCAUAAUCUACGAGAUGGGCGCCGGAAACGGAACUCUCAUGCUCAAUAUCCUCGACUACAUCCGCGACACCGAACCGGACGUCUACGACCGCACGAAAUUCAAAAUCAUAGAGAUCUCCUCGAACCUCGCAAAACUGCAAGCCCAGCAAAUCUUACGAAACUCCAACUCGAAAGGUCAUUUCUCCAAGAUAGAAAUCAUACAUAAAUCCGUGUUUGACUGGGACAGAGCCGUGCCGGAGCCGUGUUUCUUUCUCGCCAUGGAAGUCUUUGAUAAUUUCGCGCACGACGCAAUUCGCUAUGAUCCUAUCACUGAAACCCCAUUGCAAGGUCAAGUCCUCAUAGACAACAACGGGGAAUUCUACGAGUUCUACUCUCCCACGCUCGACCCCGUAGCGUCCCGAUUUCUACGCGUACGUAACGCAGCGACAGACGGACGAUACCCGCAUCCGUUGAACCAAAAUAAACUUAUCCGAGGAAUAAAACGCCGCUUGCCAUUUUCUCCGAAUCUGAGCGAGCCGGAAUAUAUUCCUACGCGGUUAAUGCAGUUCUUCGAUGUAUUAGCGAAGAAUUUCCCGAAUCAUCGGCUUGUUACGAGUGAUUUCCACAGUCUCCCCGAUACCAUAAAAGGCAUAAACGCACCCGUCGUACAAACACGAUAUCAGCGUCGAACCGUGCCCGUGACUACACCUCUCGUCCACCAAGGCUACUUCGACAUCCUCUUCCCCACCGACUUCCGGGUCAUGGAAAGCAUGUACCGCUUCCUAACCGGAAAACUCACACGCGUGAUGUCGCACGAGGAGUUCUUGCAGCGAUGGGCGUACGUCGAGGAGACGGAGACGAAGAAUGGGGAGAACCCGCUGUUGGGGUGGUAUAAGAAUGCUAGUGUUAUGGUGGGUGUGUGA